GUCAAACUGAAGAGAAAGGAAAGGUAAAGAUUUUGCACCACGCAGCUGACUGACAUAGAAGUGAGCAGUUGAUAGCCUACCAGCCCUUGAAUUUAAAGUCGUAAGUGAUUUUUCCCAUAGCGACGUAUGACCAAAAGGCGCUGCAUGACUUGUACACGUGUUGACAGAGACUUUCAAAGUUUGCAAUAAUGGGGAAGUUAACUCUAUCUGGUCUGCAAUGGAAGUAUGGCAGCGGCGAGUGGCGACACAUUUCUACUGGCCGUCUGUGACUCGCUGUAAUGGUGGACAGGAAGAAAGGAAACAUGAUGACUGUCUUGAGAAGUCCAGCCGGAGAAGUGAAGGACCAUGUCCAGGAUGAAAUCAUUCCUGUGUCCCAGAUGGAGUCCUACAGAGAUUUCAAACAGAAAUUCCGUUCUAUGUCUCAAGACUAUGAUAAUACCAAGCAUAGCCAAGAGAAGGCCCAGGAGGCCAAAGAAGCACAGUUAGCGCAAGAGAAGGCUGUCCCCUCUUCACUGCAUCAUCUGUGUUACCAAAUGCAGCAGAGGGUAAAGAAAUGCACUGUUCCUGUGUCUCCAGAGGACCAUGCCACAUUAGAGUCAGUGAUCAGUUCGGAGCUGGGCCUGAUAUGGGCCGACCUGCGCUCCACGCGUCCCGACCCCUGCCUCAGCCGCAGCGAGAACCAGCAGCUGCGGCAGCAGUCCUUCGCCGAGGUGUUGAAUCAGUGCGAGCAGCUGUACCUGAGCUACCUGCACCUGCUACACAGCAUGAGGCGACGCGCCGUUUUCACCGACUCAGCCAACCGCAGCCGACUGGCAGCACAGAUGGCAUCCGACUGCACCAACGUACUGAACGUCCACUCCAUCCGGCAAGGCAUCGCGGCGCAGAUCAAAGCCCGGCGCACGGAGAGGGCCCGUCUACGGUCCGACAGCACCAGUACCAGCGCCCCUACCAUUACCACUACCACCGCCAGUGCCAGCUCUGGAGCCUCAAGCCACAGGGCCAACAACGAGGACCGGCGCACCACGGAGCACCACCCUGACAAGAUCACCCUCAGCCUGCGCACAGGCAGGAUACGGCCACUAUCCAGGAAGCAGAGGCUGGCCGUGCUGAGGGAUCUGGCAGAGAUCAAAGAGAAGUGUGGUGACUUUGACCUGGAGACUGUAUACGAGCUCAUGCCCUACCGUCUGGACAAGCAACAGGAGUGGAGGACCAGCAAGCAACUGUCCCAAGUAUUGAUGUGCGUGCCUGUUAUAGAGCCAGUGGAGGAGCUCCCCGCAGUGCAGGCAGAGGACGAGUUCCAUGUGACUGACCAUCCCUGGAGGAGACUCAAGGGGUGUACAUCUAUGCCAGAGCUGAGUCGAGAGACGCUAUUGGAGGAGAUGGAAAUGGAGGCCCCUCCUCCUCGACCCCAUUCUCCAAUCGUGCUGCUCGCCACAAGCCAAACCGUCCAACAGAAGCAAAGACUCAGCCUGGCUGAAGACUUGCAGAGGUUACUAGAAGAUGAGCCGAUCCUAAGCAACACGGACACGGAGGAACAGGACAUUGCUCCCCUGAUCAAAGCACGCUUCCACAGGAGCACCGCCAGACUGGACAGGCUUCAGGCCACACUGCAGAGGUUGCAGGAGCGUCGUGAGCGUGUGACGGAGGCGCGGGUGGCCCUGAGGAGUCAGGAGGAGUCGCAGCCCCAGUCGGAGGUGGUGAGCGUGGAGCUCUACUCCCAACAGGAGCUGCGGCGCUCGGACCUCCCUGGCCAGACCAUUGCCCGCAUGGCCGUGUCCCGUGUCACCGACCGCCUGGAGCCCGAGAAGAUCAACAUUAACAUGUUCCCGCCUGUCUAUAACGACGUCAACAGAGAGAUUUCUGCGGCGUCGGUGGAGUGGAUGGACCGUAACCUGUUUGCCGGGGCCGAGGUGAAGGAGGUCUGCAAGGAGCUCUCCAAGGCGCUCAUCAACCGCUACCUCGGCUUUGAAGACGAUCCCCUGAUUGAGCCCUAUGAGACUCAGGCCAAGAUGAAGGUGAGGAAGAAGACACCCAGCCUCAUCAACACCUCCCUGAAGAACAGCAGGAAGAGGACUGAGGCACCUGCGGAGUAUAAGAAGCCAGCAGACGUGAACUGCCGCGCCUACUCUGCCUGGUUCCAGUGGUGGAAGUCCUACCUCUCUCUGGACGACUACCUCAGGUUCAUUACGGGCCAGGAGCUCGACUACUUGGCCGUAGUGUUCCAGCUCCAUGACCAGGAGACAAAGAAGGACACGGAGGAAGAGAAGAUGAGAGCCUUGCAGCAACAGAGGGAUGAAAAGAAAAGAGCUCGUACGAAGAAGAUGGAGGCCCUGAAGAGGAUGAAGCAGGAGUACAUCACCGGCGUCUGGAACGUCAACAGCGUCCUGCUGGGGGGGCUCUGGAAGGAGCCCGUGCUCGAAGAGGAUAACAGCCCAGAAGUGGAGGAACCGACCAUUAUAAAACAGCUGCUGAUGAAGAACACCAUGUUUCUGGAGGAGGCUGAGGAGGCGGGGCCCAUGGACGCUGACCAGCUGAAGGGCCGGCUGGAGCGCGUCUGGAGCCUGCUCUGCUUCCCUGACGCCAUGAGGCUGGACAUGGCCAUCAAAUACAGCUCACACGCAUACAGAGACCUGCUGGAGAAGGCUAUAGUGCCAUGGGAGCAGGCUGCUCAGCUGAUUCAGCAGAGGGAGGCCAUCUUGUGCAGACUGGAGAUCUUUGAGAGGGUCGCCUCAGACCCCAGCCGCUUCUUCAGCCAAGGCUACCGUGGCACUGCUGUGGCCCGCAUGGACGAGAGCCGGCAGCGGGAGGAGAUGAACUUCAAGAUGGCCGCCCUGGAGAACAGGCUGGCCAAGGUCAUCAACGAGCUCCACGACAGGUUCAAGGACACCGUCACCUACAAAGGCCGCCCGUACCACGAGAAGAUCCGCUGGGACCGCACAGAGAUGCUGUACUGGCUGCAGCAGGAGAGGAGAGUGCGCUCGCUGGAGAGGGUGGUGACGAGGACGCGGAGGUGUGGCGUCAAUCAGAACGUCCUCCCCGCCCGACUGGCCCCCCUGGAGCUUACCAAGAAGCAGAGCCAAGCGGCCGGACAGCCGCAAUGCCCCAGCCUGCCACAAGAGGGCGGCGUGGCGGCGGACAACUCCUCCGAGCUGACCACCAUGACCCCACUGUGUGGACACAAAGUCAACCUCACACAACCCACACUGCCCGCAAUGUCGGUCAGUCAGAGCCAGCUGUAUCCGCCCAUUCACCUGCAAGACCACUGAAGAUUUGCUGUAAAAUAAAGGAAUAAAUU